GCGUGUUGUAUUUAUUUAUUUAUUUAUUCGUUCGUUCGUUCGUUCGUUCGUUCGUUAGUUAAUAAAUUAAGCAGACAUGUGCUUAGAGUACAUUUAUUUCACAUUCGAAAGAAACCUUGUGAGACGGAAGAUUGUUGUUUUUGCACACAGCUUUAACCAGCAUAGUAAAAUCAGCAAGAGGGUAAACAGCUGUUGGCUAACAUUUAUAACACGUUUUUAGAGAACUAGAUUAAAGACAGUUAUUAUUGACGUGUACUGUGCUUACUGUAUUCAGAGUGAGAGUUAAAGUUAGACAUUCGCGCGCGCUGUGUGUGUGUGUGUGUGUGUGUGUGUGUGUGUGUGUGUGUGUGAGAGAGAGAGGGGGGGAGGUCACGAUACCAAAAAUCUAGUAGCUGAUACCAAUACCAUCAAAAGUACACGAUACUCGAUACCAAAUUCGAUACCACGGUGUGGGAUAAAACAUAAAUAAAAUUAAAAACUCUUCUGUAGGACAUCCUCCUCUGGCUGAUACUGGUAAAGAGAGAGCGGGAUAUUUUAGUUAUCAAACACUGUCUGACAAUGACAAAUAAAACAGUGGAGGCCACAAGUGCUAAUGUAAACUGUGCGCGCACACACACACCUUAUACUCUGAAUGCAAGCAUUAGUUUAAAUUCACUGAUAUGGUGGCAGGCCAAAAAGAUUUAUUAAAAGCAUAAACAUGUGAAUAAUUAUUAGUGACUUUAGGCUACGUUUAGCUGACAGGACACAGGCUGAAUGGCGAUGCAUGGUGGCCCGUUCGGAGGUAGUUUAUAACACUGCAAUGCGUUAGUGUCGUUAACAAAUAGCAGAAGCGAUUAUUGACCCAGGCGAACAGUAACUGUGGACACAUCUGACACGGUUAAAACAAAGUUAGCAACUUGCUCAAUGCACAGGAAGCCACGCUGCGAGAGGAAGAGGGGUCAGGAGCGAUGUGGGGCUGAAGCAAAGCCAGGAGAGUCGGUUCCCUGUGGUACCUGUACCACCAUGUGUCCCAUCUCAGAGGUUCGACGGAGGGAAACACAGCGGCGGUUGCACUGCUUCGAGAUGGAACGUGGGACAGAGAAAGAGCGUGUGCCCUGUGCUGAUCUCUCCCGCACUGUUAAAGAGUACUCACGUCCAGCAGCUGGUAAAGAUAGCACCAGAGCCUGUGACCUGCGACCUCCGGAUGUGCUAUUCAAGACAGUGUGUUACUUGGUGGAUGAGAUAGCAGCCUCUCCUACACUUCAUCCCUGGACUGAGGUCUACAGCUUUGUGUUCGACCGUUUGCGCAGUGUACGGCAGGACAUGAUCAUUCAGCGUGUGUCUGGCUGGGAGUGUGUGGCAGUGCUUGAGAGAACAGUGCGUUUCCACCUCUAUGCAUCAUACCGUCUGUGUGGAGAGCCUCUGCGGCUCUACGACCCACACAUCAACGACAUACACCUGCAAGAGUGUCUGAGCUGGCUGUUGGAAUGCUAUAGCGAGGGACAGUAUGAGCAUCAGGCAGAAUUCCAGGCCCUCAGCCUGCUCUACAACUUGGGUUCCACAAGGACAUUGCAGCGUGCCCUCGAGCUGCCUGAGAGGGUUCGUCUCUCUCCUCCAGUCCAGUUGGCCCUGGCAGUUAAUAGGGCUUAUACGGAGCUCAACCCUGUGCGUCUCCUACGUCUGGCCCAGAAACUGGACUUCAUACAAGCCUGUGCCCUUCACCGACACCUACUCUCCUGCAGGAGAGAUUUGCUGCUGCUCUACAGCCAUGGACACAACAGCCGAAACUGCCGCUUUCCCAUCCAGAAGUUAGCAGAUGUUCUCUCCCUGGACUGUUCACUAGCUGGUCAGCUCUGCCAGGCACAUGGAAUCCAAGUGAGCGGGGACUGCGUUGUUUUCUCUAAAGCCUCCUUUAGCGAGAGCCCAUGUAAAGAGCUGCAGUGUGCACAAAUGCACAAGCUAGUGGAUGACAAGCAACACAACCUUUCAGUUGGCAGCAUCAUUCAUGGCAUUGCCUGAACACGUGGUUUAAAAGGAUAGUUCAGUCAGAGGUACUUCGUUUUUAAAUUUUUAUUUUUUUAAAAUAAUGUAAAUAAAUGUAAAUGCACACUUAAAAAAGUAUUACUGUGAAUGUACUGCCAUACUCAAAGUAUGA